CUUUCCGAAUCACCUGACAGUCAGCUGUGUUGCAGAUAAUGUGUCCAUCACAGUAACGAUUAAACCUUAUUUUAUUUUAAUUACGAGCUGUAAAUCAUAAAAUACAAACAGUUAUGAGUGUAUAGUUAAAUCUAAUGUUGUUUAGCCCUACAGCUUGAUUUUUAUUGCUCUAGUAUUUAAUAAAGAGGAUGAAAAUGUCAGGACCCAACGGAGAUCCCGAGGUUACAGCUAAUGAAAUCAUUGAGGAUGAGGAUGAUUUUAAUGAAGAUGAAUACGCCGCCAUUAACUCCAUGCUGGAUCAGAUCAACUCAUGCCUGGACGAUUUGGAGGAAAGGAACGACGUGCUGAACGGAAAACUGCACGAGCUCCUGGAGUCCAACCGUCAGGCUCGUCAGGAGUUUCGAGCUCAGAUCGACAAAAAGGAAGCAGAAGAGCAGAAACAGCUGCCGUCUGAGGGAUGACUCCUAACUCUCAUUCAGUUCUAUUCCUGAAUCAUUCCACUGGCUUCUUACUGUACUGUAUGUGUUUAUAUUUGCCAUAAAAUAUUCAGCUCUGUGUGGAUCUCCUGUAUACCCUACCAUGUACACAGUGUUUCUUCAUGUGAUUUUAUUUAUAUAUUGUUUUACCUUAUUCAUUUUAAUAUAAAAACCUGUAAAUCAAAAAAAAGGAACCAACAAAUCAUUCAUCAAAUAUUUUAAUAGACAUUAAAAUGCAAAAAACAAACAUUUGAAGAAGAGAGGAAAAAACAAAAAAGACAAGAUGCUUCCAGCUCCUAUAAAACAGCCUUUUAUAUUCCUCGUUUUAUCUGUAGAAUAAAAAUAGAUCAUAAAAUGUACAGUUGAUCUUUUUCCGUACUCCUGAAGGAGGUACUCUACACAUUUCCACACAGCAUCUUAGCGUUCCUUAACGACGUCUUCCCAACAUGUGUGUGAGGAAAAACUAAAAAGUUUAUUUAUUUAUUUUUUACCUGGAACUGGUGUUAUAGAGUUAAGAUGUUAAAUAUAAUCAGGGCUGGACCUUCUGUCGAUUUAUGAGUGACUAAUACUGCACAAGGUGCUUGUGGAUACAAACUAAUGACGACAAUCUGCUUUUCAGAAGUAUCAGGAAUGAGCCAAUUAAAUGGGACACAAAGACAUGAGUUUCCAGAAAAAUAAACAACCUAUAAUCUCAAUGAUUAUCAGAUUUAUUAAUAACAGGACAGGAUGAGGGCUGAUAUGUAGACCUGUUCCUGAUCUGGAUAUGGCUUCAGAUCUUUCCAUAGAUCUUUGAUGCUACAACAAACCAGUUCAAUCACUUAAGGUUUGGCUACUCUUAUUAACCAGACCUUCUCAAACACCAAAAGUUUCCAAUAUCAGUUCGUAAAUCUAAUCAUGUCCAAUGAAAUGGUGCAAACAAUUUCUAAACAAGACCUGUGCACUGAAUAGCAGACAGAAGUAUCCAAGUAUUAUGAGGGGAAAUAAAAUGUUUGGGAUUGUAUAUUAAAGAGUAAAAGAUUGCAAAUUACA